UUUUACCACUCCAAUCGAGUCUCGUCAUACCCUUCCAGUAACAGAUACCUGCGGGCCCCUUUGACCACCUCCUUCAACCCGUUCUCGACUUGGCAAGACUUGGCUCUAUACCCUCUCUGCGCUCAUAGAUCAACAUGUUUGGCGAGGAAGACAGCGAAAGUCCCCGACGUCCCUCGCCUUGGCUCCCUUCUCCUGGAAAAUCAAACCUCUCUGUUUGCGCUACUCCUGACGAUGGUCCCUCGCAAGCCGAGCCUAAGCUGCCUAACUGGCCUGAUGAACUUGAACCCGAAUUGGAUGAAUUAGGCCAUAUCGAGUACAAAUUAAAAAUCUUGAGUCCUACUCCAAGUCGAUUCGAAAAACUCAAGACACAGUUGAAAUGGCGGUUACUCGAAGGCGGAGGUACGGCAUUAUAUGAGCUCGGCGUACUCGACGAUGGUACACUUGUCGGUCUUUCGCGGACAGAGAUGGAUGAGAGUUUAGCGAAUCUAGCUCGGAUGGCUCGAGAGUUAGAUUGCGAACUUGAAUUACUAAGGGUUGUCGAGAUACCUGAGAUCAUCGUCAAUACCGGGCCAUCUUCUCGACCGGCAACCAAACUGCCUCCGAGCUUGAGGUUUCCAGGCGGUACGGAUCGCAAGGAAAAGGCUAAACAGAAAAAGAAGAAGAAAAAAUCUCGCGCCAAACCGGCCAUGGGACUCAACUCAGGCAUCGCUAGACCACCGACAGGUAAACUACGAAUCGAACCUGGUGACGCCGUUGUUUCCUCGCCCAGUGAGCCCUCCAGCCCUAGGGAGCAGCCAGCGCCUCAAGAGAAACCAGCCAUCGUGGUCACCUCACCUCGUCACUCUUCAAGAGGCUCAGCACAUUCUCUCCGGACUCUUCUAGAUGGUUUACAUUUGCACCCACGUCGUCCGCCAGCCAACUCGAAUUUUAUCGACCAGAUCUGUCUUCUCACUCCAGAAGAACGAAGUGUGAUCAGACGGGCUCGGAGGAACGAACGAAGAGCGGCCCAAGCAGCCGAGACUCGGCGAUCUAAAGCACGCGCCGAACCGGCCGAAGCUACCCCUGAAUCUAAUGCGGACGAUCAUAAGACUCGGUUCCCCGAUCUGCUCGACCAAGACUUCGGUGGUUGGAAACGUGGAGCUGAAGAUCAGGGUGGGAUCAAGUAUGUGGUCGAAGUUUGUGUGGCAAAAGAAGCUACCGCACAAGAGGAACGGUUUUUAGAUUUCGAAGGUUUUGGAAUUUCUGAUUCGUCCUAAUCCACAUGAGAUCAGAGUAUCCUAUUUUGGUCUAGAAUCAUAGAUUUCCUUGCCUACUUUAAUACUUUAGAGAGACUACAUAACUCUAGGGGAUGCGACUGUCAAUUUUCAUGAACAUUCCUCGACUACACAGCCUGAAGUACAUUCUUUCAAGCUUCAAAUACGACCGUAUUCUUUGUGUGUACAUCUCUUAUAACAACAACAAAAAACCUGAUGGCGAAACCCUGAAGAGUGGAUCAAAAACUAGUGGUGGAUUUGACAUUUACGUGUAUAUAUAUAUACAUUUUCUUUCGAAAUAAGAGCGCCAGUCCACUUAUCCGCUUGGCUGGAUUGUAUUCAUUUCUUUUGUACAUCUUUCGACUGUUAUUGUUAUGUUUUGCUGUAGGUGUUGUUGUACUUGCUGUUAAAAAAUGUUUAGAAUUUGAAUGAGUCGGUUUUUUUUUCUCAUUCGAGGGAGCUAUGAAGUAAUGGCAGUGGAUAGAUUGAUGUCAAG